UAUUAUUCAACAAAACUAAUAUAACAUCAAUAUCUUCUCUGUGAACUACAUGUAUUAGUAAUUCAUAUGAAGACCACACUGGCCGACGGACGGGAAAUCAAUUUAAUAAGUCGACCUUUUGUUUGCAUAAUUCAGUGUCAUGAGUUUCAAUUACGCGCAAGAUGAUGACAUUCCCGCGGUUGUCAUUGACAACGGUUCACACCUCUGUAAGGCGGGGUUUGCAGGAGACGAUGCUCCAAGAUCCAUAAUUCCGCCUCUUAUUGGCAGACCGCGGUACAUGUACGAAAACUGGAUGGUAGGCAUGGAUGGAAAAGACGCGUUCAUUGGAGACGAAAUACAAAAUAAAAGAGAUGUACUUGCAAUUAAUCAACCAAUCAAAAAGGGUAUCAUAACCGACUGGGAUGACAUGGAGAAAAUAUGGCAAUAUAUAUUUGAUAAAGAACUGCACGUGUCACCUGAGCACCAUCCUGUGUUACUUACAGAUGUCCCAUUAAAUCCUAAAAUCAACAGAGAAAAAAUGUGCGAAAUAAUGUUUGAAACGUUCAACACGCCACUAUUUUCUGUUUCAUUAGCGGGUGUCCUCGGGAUGUACUCCUCAGGCAACUUUUCGGCUAUUACACUUGAUGUAGGUCACGAGGUCUCCCACGUGAUUGCAAUAUAUGAAGGAUAUAUAUUAAAACACGCGAUUGAUCGUAUGAAUUUUGGUGGUAAUGAUUUGACGGACUACUUGUUACAAAUGUUAAAUGGCGAACGAAGCCAUUCUUUAACUUGCAAUAGCGACAAAGAAAUAGUUCGUAAGAUGAAAGAAUCAUUAGGUUACACAGAACUUGAUUUUGAGAAAACAAUGAAUUGUACCGAGUCUAGUAUCGAAAAUAUAUAUGAGCUACCUGAUGGACGUAGGCUUACAGUUGGGAACGAAAGGUUCCGGUGUACAGAGCCACUUUUUCAACCACAUUUACUCGGCAAAGAUUUCCCAGGAUUACAUCAGUUCUUAUAUUCUAGUCUUAUGAAAUGUGAUAUUGACACCAGGAGGGAUAUAAUGCGUAACGUGAUAUUAUCAGGCGGAUGUACGAUGUUCACAGGGCUGAGGGAAAGAAUGGUUAAGGAAUUGACGGAUUUGGUUCCAAAAACGAUGAAGGUGAAGGUUAUAGCACCCCCUGAAAGAAAGCUAAGUGUCUGGAUUGGAGGUUCAGUUCUAGCUUCUUUAUCUAUGUUCCAAAAUCUCGCCAUUUCAAAACUGGAUUAUGAGGAAAAUGGCACCAGAAUUGUGCAUUUAAAAUGUACAUGAGUAUAAAUAUAUAGCUUG